AUGGCUUCUCCUGUUGCUUCUGCCGCCCUUAAGGCGCGCGUGCGCAAUCCUGCUCUUCUCAAGAAGCUCGCGCGACCUCAGGAUCUGAUGCACCACUUCCCUAACGGUUCUUAUAUCGGUUGGUCUGGCUUUACCGCCGUUGGAUACCCCAAGAUGGUUCCUUCUGCUAUGGCCGAUUAUGUUGAGCAGAACAACCUCCAGAGCCAGAUGAAGUACUCUCUCUUUGUCGGUGCAUCGGCUGGUUCCGAGACCGAGAACAGAUGGGCUUCUCUCGACAUGAUCAACCGACGAAGUCCUCAUCAGGUCGGCAAGGAUAUUGCCAAGGGUAUCAACUCUGGCCGCAUCAAUUUCUUCGACAAGCACUUGUCCAUGUUCCCCUCCGACCUCGUCUAUGGCUUCUACACCAAGGACCGUGCCAACAGCAACCUCGAUGUUACCGUCGUCGAGGCUACCGACAUCCUCGAGGAUGGCAGCUUCGUCCCCGGUGCCUCCGUUGGUGCCACUCCCGAGCUGAUCCAAAUGGCCGACAAGAUCAUCAUUGAGGUCAACACCUCUAUCCCCUCCUUCAAGGGUCUCCACGAUAUUACCUUCACCGAUGUUCCUCCCCACCGUACACCUUACAACAUUACCGCUGUUGAGGAUCGCAUUGGCUCCCCUUCGGUCAAGGUUGACCCCUCCAAGGUUGUCGCCAUUGUCGAGGCCGACUACUGGGACAAGACCGGCCCUAAUGCCGACAUGGACGACACCUCUCGCCAGAUCGCUGGUCACUUGAUUGAGUUCUUCGAGCAUGAGGUCGCUCACGGCCGCAUGCCCGCCAACCUCUUGCCUCUGCAGUCCGGUAUUGGAAACGUCGCCAACGCCAUUGUCGGUGGUCUUAAUGAUUCUAAGUUCAAGAACCUCAAGGUUUGGACCGAGGUUAUUCAGGACACUUUCCUCGACCUCUUCGACUCUGGAAAGCUCGACUACGCCACUGCCACCUCCAUCCGCUUCUCUCCCGAUGGCUUCAAGCGCUUCUACGACAACUGGGAUGCCUACGCCGACAAGGUUCUUCUCCGAAGUCAGGCUGUUUCCAACGCCCCCGAGAUCAUCAAGCGUCUCGGUGUCAUUGGCAUGAACACCCCCGUGGAGGUUGACAUCUACGCCCACGCCAACUCUACCUGCGUCAGCGGAACCCGCAUGCUCAACGGUCUUGGAGGCUCAGCCGAUUUCCUCCGCAACUCCAAGUACUCCAUCAUGCACACUCCCUCCAGCCGACCUUCCAAGACCGACCCCCACGGUGUUUCUUGUAUUGUCCCCAUGUGCACCCACAUCGACCAGACCGAGCACGAUCUCGACGUUAUCGUCACCGAGCAGGGUCUCGCCGACGUCCGCGGCCUGUCCCCCCGCGAGCGCGCCCGCGUUAUCAUCAACAAGUGCGCCCACCCCAAGUACCAGCCCAUCCUCACCCACUACUACGAGAAGGCCGAGAGCGAGGGUCUCAAGAAGGGCAUGGGUCACGAGCCCCACCUGCUCUUCAACGCCUUCGACCUGCACAAGGCCCUGGCCGAGGAGGGAAGCAUGCUCAAGGUUAAGCCCUGGUAA